AUGCUGACCGUUUCUACAGACCAUGCAGCGAGGAUACCUGCCGCUGAAGCGGAACGAUCGAAUCUCGCGCCAGACCAGGUCAAGAUCAAAGAGAAGUAUGGAGGUGGCUAUCCAGCACACGUCGAGGGCAUGCAUCAUCUCCACUGCUUGAACCUGCUGCGAAAGUCGCUGGCUUGGAAUUUCAACUACUACCAGGAAGAAGGUCUUGGACCAUUCUCAAACGACGCAGGUAUCGUGAAGCACCACGUCACACACUGUCUUGACAUCUUGCGUCAGCAAUUGAUGUGCACGGUAGACGUGGGCGUCCUGGGUCAGGUCUGGUAUCAGCCUCCAGGCGCAGCCUUGGAAGCAUUUGUCGACUUUAAUACUGUUCACAAGUGCAGGAACUUUGACGCAAUUCGAGACUGGGCUGAGAAGAAUCAAUUGCCGGAUGAGAAAGAUGUCCCUCCCGACUUUCUAGAGCUACCAAAAGAUGGCGAUAGGGUCUGGAACACAGUGCCUUGA